AUGUCGAUGGUACCGAGUAACAACAACCCGUUCGAGGGUUCCGCAUUCUCGAGCUCAAUGCAAGAACUUUCCCGAGAGAAUCCAAGUUUUCUGAACGAGCAGGUUGAUUGGAAGGAGACAGCAGAUGCUCAUGUGUUGAAAGCUGAUAUACCGAAGUUGAAGAAAGAGGAACUGCGGGUUGAGGUUGAAGAUGGAAGAGUGCUUCAGAUAAGAGGAGAGAGAAGCAUGGAGAGAGAAGAAGCGAAUGAUGGAUGUCAUCGUGUGGAGCGGAGUAGUGGGAAGUUUAUGAGGAGUUUUACUCUUCCCAGUAAUUGUAAACUGGAUGGGGUUAAGGCUUCUAUGGAGGAUGGGGUUCUUACUGUUACUAUCCCUAAGGAUGCUGCUCAGGAAUAA